CUAUCGUGCAACUAUACAGGUGUCUAGUACAUUAAGGUGUUAGUGUUUUCGUGUAAAGGGUAGUAAAAGCGCAUCGGGGGGUGCGCAGAACAUAGCGUUACACUUAUAAAGGGAGAGGAAACUCGCCCCAUUCACAAGUCGGCCGCCAGCGGUAGCGCCCUCGAACGCAACCUGAUCCAAGUGAUAGUGUUUUUACAGGCUUUUAUUAAAUAAUAAUCAAUCAAUAUGAGACGCAUCAUGCUCCUGGUGGCCGUAUACCUGAUGGUGGAAGCGACACAAGCCCUAGUUUUGCCGGGCUGGAGAGGCAGCGAACGGGAUAGCCCUGCUGCAUCAUGGUUCUCGAGAGUUCGACGUCUGCCCCUCACCACGCAUCGUGUCAUAGAUCCUAAUGAAGAUUGUUUUUUGGUGACGUCGGAGGAGGGUGAGCUAUUCUUCAAGUCGCCGUCGGACGAGCCGACGGUGUGCGGUAUCUACAUGAUAGCGGAUCCCGAUAAGCGAAUCCAGGUCAUCUUCAACUACAUAGACGUACCGUGCAGCAAUGGCGGGCUUGUCGCCUGGGUGGACGGCUGGGAGCUGAACGGGCAGGUGUGGCCGGCGGACGCGUGGGACGACGACCGUGUCGUGGAGUCCUGCGACCGGCGACCGCGACGCAAGCUGGUGUCGCGACAGAACGCCGCGCUAGUCCAGUAUCGCGUGCCCGCGCGCGGAAAAGGCUUCUCUCUCACUAUACGACACCUACGCAACGCGCGACCAUGCAACCUAAUGCUGUUCGGUUCUGAGGGUGUGUACACACUGCGCAACCACGGCGAGCGCGGUAACUGCUCCGUGGUGGCGGUCGCGCCCGCCGCCGUUCGUGUGCUCGACCUAAAUGUGGGUCAAACUGUGAAGACCAGCCUGCUGCAACUCGAGACUGGAACCAUACAUCAUUGCACAAAGCGCGGGCUGGGCGACUACGUGGACGUGGGCGGCGCGGCCGGCCUGGACCACACCAAAAUGGAGGUCUACGACAGCCUGUGCGGACUUGACUCUAAUGAAGGUCGUCACGCGGUGUUUGUGGCGUGCGAGGACACGGUGGUGCGGUUGGUGUCCAGCGGCCGCUACCAGAACUCCGUGACCGUGGCCUUCGCCCCCCUCCCACUUGAACACAUCGAGCACGCAGACCUCGUCUGCGGCCUCAACGACAUGUAAGCGACUUCGGCGACACACUGAACCCGUAGGCUAAAUGUCCCGUCAAUAGAUUCCAUGGAAUAAGCAUUUUAAAACACGGGCGCUGCCUGCCAGUUCUAUGUGCUGAGAUUUGACUGGCCACGCUCUCGCGUGUUACUUUGAAAAUAUAUGAUAAUUCUGUGCCAACUUGUAUGCCCAUUUUAAACCACCUAUAUUAUUAAUUUAAGCUCCAACGUGCUUAGCAUAAAAUAUCUUGUUAGUUUAAGAUAAUGUUAUGUUGUCUAUGAAAUAUACUAUGUCCUCUGUUAAAAGAUAUAAAAUUAAGGAUCAUCUGUAACUUAGCUUGUACGGAUAAGAUUUUGUUGAUCACUUGUAGAUAAUAUUUAUUGUACCUCCUUGUCCCCGAUCGGUACAAAUAGUCGU